AAAAUAAAGAAGAAGAAGCAUUCAUUUAUAAGUCAAUUUAUUAGUAAUUCCUGGAACAAUUUUUAAUUUUCACACUGUGACGAGCGAUAUGUCAAAGACUGUGCGAACUUGUGUUUAUGGCCGGCGACCUCCGUGUUACAUACUCAGUCGGAUUGAAGAAAGAAAGGCCAAAGCAAGAAUACUUCGGCAGGAGCGUAGACGAAAACCUGAUAAACCUGAUGAUUUCGUGACAUACGAGGAUUCAGACAGUGAAGAGGAAACUCCACAACAGCAGAAUGAGAUCCUGAACACCUCGUACAACUUUGUUGACUACGUUCGCAGUCGCGAAUCAGAUUUCCGGGAGGAACGUAAUAUUUGCCAAUCGUACGCCAGCCGUCACAUUCUUACUCACGAUAUGUUUAAGGAGACUCCAAUUUCUCUAGGCAACAUCAACAAAGUGUUCUGCUCUCAAUGGUUGAGCAAUAGACAAGUGGUGUUUGGAACAAAAUGCAAUAAGCUCAUGGUUUAUGAUGUAAAUAUGCGACGUGUGGAUGCUAUCCCUACACUACCAAAUAAUCGUAGUAACAAUCCGGACACUCAGCACGGAAUUCACGCAGCCCAGAUAAACCCUAGUCGAACACUUCUAGCCACUGGGGCUCGUCACUCUGCUGACAUCGCCAUUUACCAUUUGCCUACACUGGAUCCCGUCUGCAUUGGAGAGAAUGGUCAUAGAGACUGGGUGUUCGAUAUGUGCUGGCUUGAUGACCAGUUUCUUGUAUCGGGCUCUAAAGAUACGAAGAUUGCUCUGUGGCGUAUCAAUGAAGAACUUAUAGACUUUCCUCGCGAUAGUGGCGAGGAUGAGGAACAGACAUGUCCCUCAUACGGCCAUAUUGUUCCUGUAGCUGUAAAGGAGUGUCGUACGGCUCAAAGAAUUCGUUCACUAUGCUUUAAUCAGGAGUAUAAGGAGAUUGCCGUGCUUUCUCUUAACAGUUAUAUACAUCUCUUUAAUGCUGAGACUUUCUCGCAGAAACUCUCACGGAAAUUACCUAAUUGUCAAGACAAUGUUUGCAUAGCGUGCCAACCCCACGGAUUAUACGCCGUUGGAUGUCGCUCAUACACACUGCUGCUGGAUCCACGGACUCUACAAGCAGUGAAAAAAAUCGCUUCGCGUUACAGUGGAUGUGGAAUUCGCUCAGCUAGCUUUCAGGAAAACAUUCUCACGGUGGGCACGGGUCUAGGAAUGCUAAUGUUCUAUGAUAUUAGAGCUGGAAAAUACUUGGAAAGUAGUAUUAAUUCAUCGAGAACUGUAGUCUUAAAAGCCAGUAAAGGCUAUGUGUUUCCUGAAGAAGAAAUGGACGGGUUUCAGCAGAUAAAGUAUGUGCCGGCAAUUUACACUCAUUGCUACGAUUCGAGUGGUACGAGACUUUUUGCUGCCGGGGGCCCACUGCCGGCGAACUUGGUGGGAAAUUACGCAGGGAUCUGGCAAUAAGGUA